GACGUCCACGCCGCGCAGCCCGCCCUGUGAGCGCGAUGCCCGGCCCGCCGCGCCCCCGGGCCCGGGUCCCGCCGCUGCCGCUGCUGCUGCUCGUGCUGGCGGCCCGCGGGGGCUGCGCCGCGCCAGCACCCCGCGCGGAGGAUCUCAGCCUGGGGGUGGAGUGGCUGAGCAGGUUCGGCUACCUGCCCCCAACGGCGGACGAGGCUGCGGGGCGGCUGCAGACGCAGGAGGAGCUGUCCGAGGCCAUUGGAGCCAUGCAGCGCUUCGCCGGGCUGGAGGCCACCGGCGUCCUGGAUGAGGCCACCCUGGCACUGAUGAGGACCCCACGUUGCUCCCUGCCCGACCUCCCGGCCGCCACCCCCGCCCGAAGGAGGCGCCAGGCCCCAGCCCCCACCAGGUGGAACAAGAGGAACCUGUCAUGGAGGGUCCGCAGGUUCCCGCGGGACUCGCCCCUGGGCCGCGACACCGUGCGGGCGCUCAUGCACUACGCCCUCAAGGUCUGGGGCGACGUCGCGCCCCUGAACUUCCACGAGGUGGCCGGCAGCCCCGCCGACAUUCACAUCGACUUCUCCAAGGCCGAGCACAACGACCGCUACCCCUUCGACGGCCCCGGCGGCACCGUGGCCCACGCCUUCCUCCCGGGCGACCGCCGCGCCGCGGGGGACACCCACUUUGACGACGACGAGGCCUGGACCUUCCGGUCCGCGGAUGAGCACGGCAUGGACCUGUUCGCGGUGGCCGUGCACGAGUUUGGCCACGCCAUCGGGCUGAGCCACGUGGCGGCCGCGCGCUCCAUCAUGCAGCCCUACUACCAGGGCCCCGUGGGUGACCCCCUGCACUACGGGCUCCCCUACGCGGACCGGGUGCGUGUCUGGCAGCUGUACGGCGUGCGGGAGUCCGUGUCCCCCACGGCACCGCCGGCCACCACGGAGCCCAAGGAGCCCGCCCUCCUGCCGGAGCCCCCUGACAACCGGUCCAGCACCCCGCCCAGGAAGGACGUGCCCCACAGGUGCACCACCCACUUCGACGCGGUGGCCCAGAUCCGCGGCGAGGCCUUCUUCUUCAAAGGCAAGUACUUCUGGCGGCUGACCCGGGACCGGCACCUGGUGUCGCUGCAGCCGGCGCAGGUGCAGCGGUUCUGGCGGGGCCUGCCGCUGCACCUGGACGGCGUGGACGCCGUGUACGAGCGUGCCAUCGACCACAAGAUCGUCUUCUUCAAAGGAGACAGAUACUGGGUGUUUAAGGACACUAACGUAGAGGAAGGAUUCCCGCGGCCCGUCUCCGACUUCGGCCUCCCGCCCGGCGGCGUCGACGCUGCCCUCUCCUGGGCCCACAGUGACAAGACUUAUUUCUUUAAGGACCAGCUGUACUGGCGCUAUGAUGAGCACGCCCGGCGCAUGGACCCCGGGCACCCGGCCCGCAGCCCCCCGUGGAGGGGCGUGCCCAGCACGCUGGACGACGCCAUGCGCUGGUCCGAUGGGGCCGCCUACUUCUUCCGCGGCAGGGAGUACUGGAAGGUGCUGGACGGCGAGCCGGCUGUGGCGCCCGGCUACCCCCAGUCCACGGCCCGGGACUGGCUGGUCUGCAGAGACUCGCAGGCGGACCCCGCGGGCGCGGGCGCGGAGGCCGGGGCCCCCGCCCCACCCGGACAGCACGACCGGAGCCACUCGGAGGACGGCUACCAGGUGUGCGCCUGCAGCUCCGGGGCCUCCCGUGCGCCCCGGGUCUGGCGCCCCCUGCUGGCCGCCGCGCUGCUGCCGCCGCUGAGCACCCUGUGGAGAGCGGCCUGGGCCCCGGCGCUCUGACAGCAGCUGCGGGCCUGCGAGAGGACAGGCAGUCACAGCCCGGGGUCACCCAGGGCAAGGAGGAGUGCCCCCCACACCAGGACCCGAGGCAAGAGCUCCUGGAGAGCGGGCGUGUGGCCUUGGGGACCCAGCGUUGCAGCCCCCGAACACAGCCACCACUUCAGCCUCCCGAACAGAGCGGCAGCUUGGGGCUGCCCCUGAGCCGGUCACCCUGACUCGUGGACACAGGAGCACCCCUCCCCCCCCCACCCCGGCCUUUCUGCCUCCGCCUGUCUGGUGGGGACCGGGAGAGACUGCCCUUGCAGCCGGCCGACACUGGUCACAGAGACCCUCACCAAUAGGCCCGGGGCCUCCGCUCAGGGUCCGGAGCGCAGCCCUGCUGGGGCCACCGCCCCCGUGUGGCCACCCUGCCCCUGGCCCCUGGUGCGGCCACCCACCAUGGGCGUCUCUGCCCCCAGUCCCCAUGGGCUUGCCGUCGCCUUGCUCAGGGCAGCAGCCCCCAACACUCAGUCA